AUGACGAGCCGCCUUGAUCGUCUCUUCGUCCUCUUGGAGAAUUGUCCGAAUGCAUCUUUGCGUGCUGCAGCUGCUGAGCAACUUGGAGAGGUCGCGAGGAAUGCUCCAUCAAACAUCAACUAUGUUUUUACACGCCUUGUCCCAUUACUACGACACAAAAAUUGGAUAUCUCGUGUUGCUGCUUCAGAUGCAAUUCGUUCAAUUGUUCAUCAUCUACCAGAUUGGGAUCCAACUUUAGCAUGUUCAGACUAUAAAGAUGAAAAUGAAAUACCACCAACUGGUGGCUUCCUCAGUUUAAAUGAACUUCGGUUAGAUCGUGUUCUUGCUCAAGGCGCUCGACUAUACAGUAUGGAUGCACGUGAAUUGGAAAAAACUAACAAACGAGCACAUAGUGAAAAGUCUAAGAAGAAUGAUGAAAAUGCAUUGGGGUAUGGUGGAUGCGAACAUCAAGGAGAUGGUCAUUCUCCUCAUGUUUUACCGCCAAUUCAACGCCAAGAAAUCAAUAGUCGUUUGGGUUUAGAAAAUGAUAGUUUACUUACUCAGGUAUUAGAGGUUCAUGCAGACGUGUCAAUUAAUAAAUGGAUAACACCGGAUGAUUUGGUUGACGAAGCUCAAAGUGGAUUUACUCAGUUAGAUGUUGAGGCUUGUAUUCGAAGUACUUAUGGGACGGUGACUAGUACUGAUGUGGAUAGGAAAAGAUCUAUUCCAUCUCUAUCAUCACAUGAAUCUGAUGCCAAGCGUAUUAAACUGGAUCCACAGACUAAUGUUCCAUCAGAACUAUCUCAAACAGGUAUCCAAUCCACUAGUACUACUUCUGCUGCUGCUGUGGUUGGUUGCAACCGAUACUAUACACAUUGGCCGCUCGAUAAAUUGUGUACUACAUUGUUGAGUGAUUUAUGGGCUCUACGUUGGGAGACACGUCAUGGUGCAGCAUCUGGUCUACGAGAAUUACUCUCCGAGCCUAGACAUACAAGACAAGCGGGAAAACAUAUAGGACAAACUGAAAAAGAGAGACAAAUAAGUCAUUGUCAAUAUUUAGAAGAUAUUGUAGUUCGGGUAUUGUGUACACUGGCCUUGGAUCAGUUAUCCGACUUCAUAUCAGAUGAGGUUGUAGCUCCUGUUCGUGAAACAGCCGCUCAAUUGUUAGGUGUUCUAUCAUUACACUUGACAGUUGAUCAAGUAGUACUCAUAGCAAAACAUUUAAUAUUUCUUGUAUCGUUAAAUGAUGAAACUGUAACUCAAUUGUGCAAUAACAAUAAUAAUAAUAAUAAUCUACCUGAUCAAAAAGAGAGCACAACUGCAUCGAAAAAUAGUUGGAUGAUUGCUCAUGGUGGCUUGUUGGGGAUAAAGUAUUUACUUGCUUCAAGAAAGGAUUUGAAGGAUAUUUUGUUGCCUCAUGUUGCACCGUGUUUAAUUAGCCGACUAUUUGGUAUACCAAUUGUUGCUGAUCAUCAGAUAGUUAGUCAACAUAAUGGCAAUUCUUCGUUACCACCAUCGUCAUCAAGUGUGAACAGAGGUAGAGUCAGCGCUAAUGAUGAUGAUGAUAUACGCGCUGCUGCUGGUUCCGCUUUAUUACCAAUAAUUGAUACGCAUUGGAUUGAUUCACUCAGUCAAUAUGAAUAUAAUCUGUUUGUUAAUCAUGUAUGGUCAUUGAUACGUAAUACACCAUCAGAUCUCUCACCGUCCACAGGACCAGUUCUUAGUUUAAUCUGUGCAUUAACAAAAGCUGAAUGUGGAAGAAAACGACUAAUUCGAAGUGGUGAUGAUGAAUCUGUCAAAUUAGACGAGAAUGUUAGUACUUAUCAGAUUAGUACAAGUGCAAAAAUAAUGAUAAUCACUAAACUAUUGCAUCAUGUGUCAUCAUCUAUUCGUCAAAGCGCUUUAAACACUCUACAAUGUGUGAUAGAAUCGUGUGAAAAUCAGGUUGCAAGUUUAUCCGUAGAUACACUACAUGUCAUCCUGGAUAAUUUAUUCCAACGGAUACUAUUAGAAUCAUGUUCAACAAUUCGGACGCUUGUUACCAAUCUUACAAUAAAAAUUAUUAAAUCAGCUCAAAUUGAUUGUCUUGUCCAAGCAAGUAUUCGACGUCUAGAUGUCUGGUUAUGUCAAGUAAUGCAACCGACUGGUGUCCCGUAUCCAACUAAAUUUUUGGUGCCUUGUUUACAAGAAAUUGAUUCAAGUGCACAAUCUAUUUCAGAAUUAAAUUUAUCUAAUAAUAAUAAUAAUGAAGUAAUGAAUGCUAGUCAAUCGACUGUAUCCAAUACAACUGCAUCAAAUAAUAAUCCGUCAAAUAUAUUCACUGCGACAAAUCAAAGUUAUUGUAUAGGCGGUUAUCAAUGCCUUGCAGCUAGUCGUUCAGAAAUGGAAUCUUAUGUUCUAGAAACUAGAAUCUCAGCUGUACGCGUCUUGGCGAAUUUAUGUGCACGUGUCUGCCAGUACACUGACUUUAUCCCAAACCAGUUAUUGCCGUGUAUCUCAGAUAUUUCAGAAUCUCCGCCGUCUGUUGUAACGCUUCCUUCUUCAGCCAAUGACAAUAAUAAUAAUGGAACAGUCAGCAUGAUAAACUUUAUCUUCGGUCAAUUAUUAUGCCAGUUACACUUAAAAGAUCGUUUAGCUAUGCAACGUUUUAUUUCUGGUUUACUACUUUCUACUUGGGCUUUAUCAUCACCAUUUUCAUUAUCGUCACUUGAUACUACUCAUAAACUUGAUAACAGUAGUAGUAGUAGUAGUAGUACAAGUACAGAUAAACCAAGUGGUUUAUUGAAUGAUCUCAUUACUCCACUAGACAGAUCUGAACACUUAUCAAAUUUUCAUAAAUUAACGCAUACAUGGGCUAAUUUAUUGAAUGCAUUCUCAUCGAUGAGUACAUCGUCAACCUCUUCACCAAUUCUCCUGUCAUCAUCAUCAUCAUCGGAUUUAAGCAUGUUUAAGAAUCUAUCAAAUCUUAUCCCUGUUGAUAUACAAAAUGAUUUAAAGAACAUAACGAAACAAUUACACGGAAAGUUGGAAUCAUGUCUAACUGAAGUGAUAUAUUAUGAAGAAAUUCUUGCUCCAUUCAAAUUAAUGCAAGAAGAUUGUCGUGAAUUAAUCAGAUCGAUGAAAAUGUGUGGACUCAGUGUUGAUCCACAAAUUCCAGUCAAUGGUGUUUUAACAAUAGCUCAUUGUAAAGCCUUAUUACAAACAGUGGCGAAUACAAUUCAACAAAUGGAGAAUGCAUCCAGCACAUCUAGUAAUAUUGGCAUUGAUUCAUCAUUGUUGGAUAGAUUAAAUUGUCAAUUUGAAAGAACUCGAACUACAGUUGAUCAUUGUCUCACUUUACAAUUGUAUCUAGGAAAUCGUGUCGAGUUGGGUAUAGCUUGUGCAUUUGCAAACAUGAAUUGGAUUCUACCUGGUCGGUUAAGUCUACUUAUUCGUCCAUUGAUGGAUACUAUUCGAUGUAUGAAACCUUCUGUUAGUACCGUUGGUACGAAUACCAAUACUGCUUCUACUAGUCCCACCACUACUCCUACAGGUGUUGUUCAACCUUCCAUUGGCAUCAUCAGUAAUACUACUACUACUACUAAUAAUAAUAACAACGCUUCAUCCAAUAGUGUUGUUAAUAAUACUGGAAAUGCAUGUAUAGAUAUUUUGCCUAUCGGUACUUGUGUACAUCUUCAACGUUUAGCUGCUUGUUGUUUAGCACGUCUUAUGUGGUUGGAGUGGAGAAUGUUGUUGAAUGCUGCUGCUAAGUCGACAUCAUCAACAACAACGUCGUCAUUAUCAACAAUGUCGAAGAUAAAUGAACAUUUUUCACAUAUGAUGAUGAAUACGUCUAAAGCUGCUGUUAAAGUAAUAAAAAAUUUAACCUCAUACUUAAUAGAAUCAGAUCCAGAAUUACUUCAAUCGUCAGUACAAAACUCAACUUCGAAACAGUCAGAAACAAAUAAUCAAUUUCAUGAAGAUCAAUUACUAGAUGAUGUUAAAAUGGUUUGUACUGAUCAAAUCCCUACUGGUCGAUUGGAUAUGGAUAGUACAACGACAAGUACACCGCUUUCAUCUUAUGAAUCCCAGUGUCAAUCAGCACAAUAUCGUGGUGCUUAUAUCGCUUUAUCGUGUAUCUGUUAUACAUUUAUUACAUUUUAUCAUUGUGAAGAGAUAAAUGAAGCCUAUCAAGUGUCUAACAUGUCGUCGCCGCCCUCCUCCCCUUCCUCCUUACCGUCAUCAUUAUCGUCUUCAAAAGGAACACUGAAACCUUUGAAUUCAUCCAACUCCUAUCAAUUAAAGAAUAAUUCAUUGAAUAGUCUUCGUUUUGGUUUACCGACAUUAUGGAAUAUAUUUUGGUUGAAUCCAAUUAAUAUUAUCAUUGAUGUUUAUCGUCCACAUAUUGCUGCUGUUGGCGGCGGUGUUGGGGGUGUUAGCUCAAUUAACAAUAGUAAAAAAAUAAAGAAAAGGAAUAAUGAAAAUGAUAAGUGUAAAGUUAUAUCAGAAGAGGGAGAAAAAGCGGAAGAAGAAAGUCAUUAUUCACUAUUGAAAAGAUUAACUCAUGAUGUCAAGUUACCCGCCUCCUCGAUGAAUGCAAAUAGUUUAUCGAAAUCAACAGAAAAUGAAUUACUCACAGGGUUGACUUUAUUAUCCACAUGUUUAAAUGUUAUUCUACCGUGUAUUGAUCCUGAUAAGAAGACAAUAAAUAAGGAGGAGGAGGCCGAGGGGGAUUCUUCUCUUCUCUACAAUGAUGAUAUAUCAUUUGAACAAAUAGUAUGGUUAGGCGCAUUAGUUAUACGUUUACCAUAUCCUACUUGUCGUCGUAUCGGUGCACGUCUUCUAGCCGAUUUAACUUUAUUACAACCUGUGCAUACACUGAAUAUUCUCUUGCCAAUAUUGUUAUCACUACCGUCGUCAUCGUCAUUGAAUGAUGGAAGUUUUUUAAUGUCUGGUGAUUUAUCAACAAUAUGUAUUGGUGCAUUGGAGACAUUUUUAACAAUUGUAGAUAAAUUCACCAAUAUUCAAAAUGCCUCUGCAUAUAUGCUUCAUAAAAAUCCACCAGUUGUUUUGAAUGAUCCACUAUUGGAUCCAGAUUCAAAGUCAUCUUGUUCACCAUCAUCACUACUGUCAUCAUCAUCAAUAUCGACGUAUGAAUCUUUUAAUUCUACUGAAAAACACGCUUCAAUUAUUUCUGAAUCAAAGAUAACAGACAGGCUUACAGGUGAUACAGUCAAGGAGACUGCUCCUCCUCCUCCUCCUACUGCUGCUAGCAGUAAUCCAGUGGAAUCAUCAACUCCGUCAUCCUCGUCGUCGUCAUCAUCACUACCGGAUAAUUUGAAAUUAUUCUUACCAUAUCUUGUUCUUCUGCUUACACCAACUCUUAAAUUAAUAUCAAGUGCUAAUCAAGAGAUACGAUCUGUAGCGGGUAAAUUGUUUACAGCACUAUUGAAUUUACUACCAUUAGAGGCAUCUAUUCCAAAUCCUGUGAACAUGAAAGAAGAAUUUAAACGGGUCCGUGGUGAACAACGUGAAUUCAUUGACAGUCUGUUACAUCCCAAUCGUAUACAAGUGUAUAAUCUACCGAUAAAGAUAAAUGCAACACUACGAUCCUAUCAACAGGAAGGUGUUAAUUGGUUAUGCUUUCUAAAUCGUUACGGUUUAAAUGGUAUACUAUGCGAUGAUUUAGGCUUAGGUAAAACACUUCAAACUAUCUGUAUCCUGGCGGGUAGUCAUCAUGAAUUGAAACAAUCCUUACUAUUAAAGAAGAAAAAACAGUCAAAAAGUAAUGACAAAGAGAAGGCGUCAUCGGUGAAAAAGUUGAAAUCAACUACUGAUAAAAAGAAGAAGAAGAAACCGUCGAAAUCGAUGCCUACUUCAAUGAAAGAAGAAUUAGACGAACCAAUGAAAGAAUCACUCAUCACAGCGAAUUACGAAUUGUCUAACAAACAAUUGGAAUUACCUAUUUCAUUAGUUAUCUGUCCAUCUACAUUAUGCGGUCAUUGGUCGCAUGAAAUCCAACAUUAUGCACAAACAGACGAUUUAAAACCUCUUAUCUAUGCUGGUAAUCCAGCUGUUAGACAAAGCCUUCUUUCAAAGUUUCAUCAAUACGAUGUCAUUAUAACAUCAUAUGAUUCUGUUCGAAGUGAUAUAGAAUAUUUUCAAUCGAUCAGCUGGAAUUACGUCAUUCUGGAUGAAGGUCAUAUCAUUAAAAGCAGUAAAUCUAAGGUUACACGUGCUGUGAAACAGUUGAUUGCUCAACAUCGUCUUAUCUUGACUGGUACACCGAUACAGAAUAGAGUCUCUGAACUUUGGUCAUUAUUUGACUUUUUAAUGCCAGAAUUUCUUGGUACUGAACAACACUUUCUAGCUAAAUUUGCUCGUCCAGUAGCUGUUAGUCGUGAUGUUAAAGCAUCAAAGGCGGAUCAACGUGCAGGUCAAUUGGCAUUGGAAAAACUUCAUCGACUUGUUCUACCGUUCAUGUUAAGACGAUUAAAAGAAGAUGUUAUGCAAGAUUUACCACCGAAAAUAAUACAAGAUUUUGCUUGUAAAAUGACUCCGAUACAACGUAAACUGUAUGAAUCAUUCCAAAAGACAGACGAAGGUAAACAGCUGAUGAAUAUCGUCGGUUCAACUGAUGCCAGUGCCAGUGCCAACGCUACUUCUACCACUGGUCAACAACAGUCAGUCUACAUUUCCUCAGUAGUAGGUGUCUCACACGGAUUUCAAGCUGUACGAUAUUUUCAAGCUGUAUGCAAUCAUCCUUGCCUAGUCCUGAAAUCUGGUCAUCCACUACUUGAUGAAAUCAAGUGUGAAUUCGGCAUUCAAUCAUCGGAUCAGUUGAGAUCAAUUCAUUUGAGUGGGAAAUUGUUAGCUCUAUGUCGCCUGUUAACUGAUUGUGGUUUUGGCAGUCCAAAUUUAUCAAACAAUAUGCCUGGUACUAGUAGUAGUACUAAUGGUAACAAUUCAUCUCCUACGUCGUCAGCUGCAUCAACAUCUGCAUCGAAUGAUUUCUAUGCUAGUCGAAGUUUACUUAGUCAACAUCGAGCAUUGAUAUUUUUUCAAACACGUGAAAUGUUACAAUUGACUGCUGAUAUGCUCAGAGAAUUAUUUCCAUGGAUAACUGCAACACGAUUAGACGGUAGUGUACCUGUAGGGGAACGCCACAAUCGUGUAGUUCGAUUCAAUCAAGAUCCAUCAAUCGAUAUAAUGUUAUUGACUACAGCUGUUGGUGGAUUAGGCUUAAAUUUAACCGGUGCGGAUACGGUGAUUUUUGUUGAACACGAUUGGAAUCCGUGUAAAGAUCUACAGGCAAUGGAUCGAGCACAUCGUAUCGGUCAGUCACGUACAGUGAAUGUUUAUCGUCUCAUAACUGAAGAGAGUAUAGAAGAACAAAUAAUGAAUUUACAAGCAUUUAAAUUACACUUAGCCAAUACAAUCUUAACUACAGAUAAUAAAAAUAUUACUGAAAUGGAUACCGAACAUUUAUUCGAUCGAUUAUCGUCUUAUAAUAAUAACAACAAUGAAGAAGUACAACACUCGAGAGAUAAUCAUCAUCAAUACGAUAAUGGACAAAGUGGAUUCGCUCUGUUGGAUGAACUUGAAACAUGUUAUGAAGUUGAAUAUAAUUUAGAUGCUUUUAUUGCUCGAUUAAAAACCAGUUGA